UCGCGCUGUGGUGACAGGCUGCACUCGGGCGGGCCGGCCGGAGAGUGGCAGCGCCGCAGAGUUUGUGCUGGCUGUAUUUUUUUUAAAUGUUAAAAAAAAUCCAAACCCCUGAAACGAUUCAUUUUGUCAAAAAAUUAAAACGAUAACCCUCCCCUUUCCCCCCCAUUAUUCCUUCCUUUCCCGUUCCAUCUGUCUCAAAUAACGAGCGCGGCUGGGGUGGGCAGUUGUUCACCAUCAGAGGAGCGGCAGCAACGACGACGGCUCCAAGAUGUCGCAGUUCGUGGAUAAUUUCUGGGGGGAGAAGAACAAUGGAUUUGAUGUUCUUUACCAUAAUAUGAAACAUGGUCAAAUAUCAACAAAGGAUUUGGCAGAUUUCAUUAGAGAGAGCGUCACAAUAGAAGAUAUUUAUUCAAGGUCCAUGACCAAAUUAGCCAAAACAACAAGUAAUUACAGUCAGCUGGGAACAUUUGCACCAGUAUGGGACGUUUUAAAAUUGUCCACUGAGAAACUAGCCAGUAGCCAUUUAGAUCUUGUACGAAAACUACAAGAAUUAAUUAAAGAAGUACAGAAGUAUGGAGAUGAACAGACCAAGGCACAUAAAAAGACAAAAGAAGAGGUGGCAAGCACUUUGGAUGCUGUACAGAACAUUCAGAGUAUCACUCAAACACUGCAAAAAUCUAAGGAAAUCUACAGUGCCAAAUGUUUAGAGUAUGAAAGGUUAAAAAAGGAAGGAGCAACACAGAAAGAAAUAGAAAAGGCAAUUGUAAAAUCUAAAAAAGCUACAGAAACCUAUAAAUUAUAUGUGGAAAAAUAUGCAGUGGCCAGAACAGAUUUUGAACAAAAAAUGACAGAAACUUCACGGAAAUUUCAGGAAAUUGAAGAAGCUCAUCUUAAACACAUGAAAGAAAUAUUGAGUUCUUUCACACAAUCUAUAGAAGAAACUCACAUACAGAUUGGCCAGGUACAUGAAGAGUUAGUGCAGAAUAUCGAGAAUACUACAGUUGAAAGUUUGAUACAGAAGUUUGCUGAAACAAAAGGCACUGGCAAAGACAGACCUGGUUCUGUUGAAUUUGAAGAAUGUAACAUAACCAAUGCUCUAGAAGGAGUGAAGAAGACCAGAAAGAAAACUUUUGGAAUACCUGGACGAAUGAAAAGAGACAAAGAUACAGAUUCAGUGGAAUCUCCAGAUGCUGAUUCAGUGAAUAUGCCAGAGGUGGAUGAGGAGGGUUACUGUAUCAAGCCAGAAGUGAAUCAAACUAAUGCCAAAGAAAAUAAUUUUUAUUCAUCAAGUGAUUCAGGCUCUGAUGAUGAGGAACCCAAGAAGUUCCAUGUGCAAAUUAAGCCCAUGCAACCAAACAAUGAUACAAAUCAUACAUUAGAAGAGCUGAAAGCUUCCAUUGGGAAUAUUACUCUUUCUCCUUCCCCAUCCAUCGCAAUGAAAAGAAAUUUAUCUAGUGAAGAGCUGGUUCGAUCAAGAUUACACGUUCCAUCAUCUGAUGCCAAACGGGUCAGCAGUGAUUUGUUUUCAUUGGAUCCAUUGUUUGGACCUCCACUUGAUUCCUCAUCUUCAUCCACAUCAAUUACUUCAUCAGCUUUUCAUUUCCUUCCAGUAAGUAACACUUCUGAGGUACACACGCUGUUUACUUCAGGCAGCAAGAAACUACCAAUUGAAGAGAAUGACACUGGAAGUUUUCCCUCCUCUGCACCUCAACCUGUGGAUGUUAGUUUAACGCCUGUGGUUACUCAUUUAAAUAAUGUAUCGCCCCCAGCAAGACCUACCACCCCACUUAAUACAGGUAUGAUUGUGCCACCGCCACGUCCUACAUCCAGGCCAAAGCUUUCGACGACAAAAUUGGGUGGAAUUAAUGAAAUUUCCAGAUCAUUCAGUCCUACAUCUUUGUCCACGACUAGUCCACCUCCUGUAGCCCCACUGGCACGUGCUGAAAGUACAUCCUCAAUUGGGUCCUCCGCUUCUUUAAGUACAACAACGACACCAACAGUUGUCACAGACCACUUACGUAUGAAUUUUGCAGCUGGAGGUCACAUGUCUGAUGGUGAUGUUUUCAUUGGAAAGCUUCCUUCAUUUGAGAAACGCAGUGAGACACCUGCAGGUACUUCUCGUGGACCUAGUCCUAUAAGCCUUGGGACACAAGAUUCCUUACCAGUUGCAACAGCGUUUACUGAAUCGGUUAAUGCUUAUUUCAAGGGAGCAGACCCAUCAAAAUGCAUUGUCAAAAUCACUGGUGAUAUGACCAUGUCCUUUCCGAGUGGAAUAAUUAAAGUCUUUACCAGCAAUCCAUCACCUGCCGUGCUUAGCUUCAGAAUACGGAACACCAGCAAAUUUGAGCAAAUCCUUCCAAAUACACAGCUUGUGUAUAGUGAUCCAUCGCAGAAUGAUUCGAACACAAAGGAUUUUUGGAUGAACAUGCAAACACUCACUGCCUACCUCAAGAAACUUGCUGAACAGAAUCCAUCUUCUUCGUACUAUAAUGUGGAUAUCCUGAAAUAUCAGGUAGCCUCAAAUGGUAUUCAGUCAACACCAUUAAACCUAACUACCUACUGGAAAUGCAGUCUUACCACUACAGACAUUCGAGUAGACUACAAAUAUAACCCGGAAGCUAUGGUAGCUCCCUCCGUGUUGUCAAAUGUACAGAUUUUGAUGCCAGUUGAUGGUGGAGUUACCUGCAUGCAGUCACUGCCUACCGCCAUCUGGAAUCCAGAACAGAAGAAGGCCUUAUGGAAAUUGCCUGAAAUUUCAGAGAAGUCUGAGAAUGGAGGUUCUGGAUCCCUCCGAGCCAAAUUUGAGGUAUCUGAAGGUCCUACAAAACCAUCGACACUUGCAGUCCAGUUUCUUAGUGAAGGCUCCACACUAUCAGGAGCAGAUGUGGAGCUUGUCGGCACUGGUUAUAGACUUUCCUUGAUAAAAAAGAGAUUUGCCACAGGUCGAUACAUGGCAGACUGCUGACAGUUCCAUCUUUAAAUUUUGCCUCACUGAAGACACGGUAUUUGUUUUGAUGGUACAUUUAUACUUGCCUUCAGUCACAAACAGCAAGGCAUGCAGGAGUUAGUGAUGGACAAAGAAUAUUUUCAAGGAUAUGAAAAUUUCUAAAUCAAAAUUCUGCCUUUUGCCUUUUUUGUAAUUGUUUUGAGGAAAUUCUUACUACACAAUUUAAAAUGCACUUUCUUUUAGAAACAAACAUCAUUUUGGGGAGAAUAAGUUGUAUUUUAUUAUGUUAAAUUAGCACUGAUGUGAUUUUCAACACUGUUUAAUUUUUUUGAAACCUGCAAUAUUCAGGAAAUAUUAAAUAAAUGUUUUUGAAGACAUGAUUUUAUUUAGACUUUAAUGAAGUCAAACCGAUGAUCAGUAGAUAUGCUGAAAAUGUAAAAAUGUAUAAUGUAUAUCGAACAGUUAUAAAUAUAUACAAUGAAAGCGCCAGCAUUAACCAUUUGCCUUCACUGUGCUUUCUGUACUACCCCAUAAGCAGAUACUAUUUUAAGAAUUACAAAGUUGUGCUAAUUGUAAAAUUAGCUUAUGCAAAAGAAUCUGUUUAAAAAUCAAUGGCAAAUAUAUAAGUUGUAGUAAUUUGUACUUGUGAACAUGAACUGGUUUACAACCUUUCUGAUUCUAUGUUGUUUCUUGUGCUAUACAAACAAAUACUUUCUAAGGACAAUAUUGGUCAGUGUAAAUGGAGGUUACUUCAUUAUUGUAAAUCAACAUUGGUAAGUAAUUUCACAAGUGCUUUUGGAAUACUACUUCACACAAGGGAAAACCUUGGAACUAUUGUUGUAUAGGCACACUGCUCCUGGAAGCCUUGCAAUUCUUUCUGGAACACUGCUGCAGACCAUUUAGUUAUCCAUGAAUAAUCUGCUCUUUCAUUACAAAGUAAUGAAUACCACUGAGCAAGUUAAAUGCAGUUACUUUUGUUUACAGUGUAAUUAAUGAUCAUAUUCCUGUACAAUGGAAUUAUCACUAAUCACUGUAAAAUUAAAAUUAUCUACCAUUAAUUGGGAUAAGUGACAUCACUUUUGUUCAUUUGGUGCAUUAUCUUGCUGUGAACUUCAAGAUGUUCAUAAACAUGCAAUAAAACAACUGUAUACAGGGCAGAAUGAAUGGACAUAGUCUGGCAUUUGAUAAUUUAGGUACCAAUCUACAAUUUGACAUGGUAGAUAUUUUUGGAAGCAGCAUUUUUAUAUCUUGGGUGUGGUAUUCUGGUUUUUGUUAAACUGGGAGUGCCUGGAAUUUAUCUGUCUUUUUCAAAUGUACUUGUAUUAUUUCAGAAUUUAAAUAAAUGGCGUCUAGAGUUUCACCAAGUUACCUGGUCAAGCAAAGCUGGAAGUGUUUUUGUAUCUUAUAGAAUUUCAGGUCAGAUUAUUUUGCUUUAUAUGGAUAAAAACCUUUUAACUACCCCAUUGCCAGAAGCUACAAUUCACAUGCUAAUGCUGGCUUAGAUCUAUUUUAUCAAGGCUAGCUUUAAAAAAAUAUGUGCCUGUUUGUUUUUCUUAAUGAAAAUUUAUUAUCUAAACUAAACAUUUUUAUGUAUGAACACUGCAAAUAUUUGUAUAUAAUUAUACUAAAAAUCCUUAAAUUCUUUUGUAUUUGGAUUUAGAAGGGAAAAUGGAUAUAAUGCACCUGCAUUCUUUGAUAAAUAAUCUUUUGAAUAUGUUAUUCCUUUUGCUAGGCAAUUUGCAAUAAACUGCAGCCAUUGUAAUUGGAAACACUUGUUAAAUAUUUUAUAAGAUGCUCAUGUUUUUAGUCUGAUAAUACAUCCACCGUUGAACAAGUGACUUGCUUUAAUGCUUUAUGUUAGCAUAAAAUGCAUUGUCACAAUGAGCAUGGUCAAUUUCAAAACACAAUGUGAAGUUAGCAAAAUAUAUCAAAGAUAUUUAGUUUAAGACCUGCAAGUCGAGGUUAAUUGUCUUUAAUCUAGAAUAUGAACUUUACAGUACCUAAAAGUCAUUGGUAUCAUUAUUUGUCUUUUUUAAAGUAGUAAUGCUGCCUAAAAGGUUAUAGAUGGUCAUUUAUAAUUAUUUUCCACAAAAGUACAGAGCUUGUGUCAGAUAACUUCUAUUUCUUUAUAGAGCUUUCUAUUUCAUUUUAAUGAUUCCUACCAGUGGCAGAGGUGCACUUGCUAAAUUUUAAUGUUAUUUGGCAGGAAUAUAUUUGCAAUAAUUUUUUAUGCCUUCUUGUUAGAAAAAAUGUACAAAGCUUUUAUGGAACAACCUUUUUAUAAUGUUAGCACCAUUGCUUGUGUAAACUCUGCAUGAAAUCCUAAGAAUAAGAGAUUAACAGUGAUAUGGUUAACUGUCACAUUAAUUUGAACUAACCAUGUUCAUCUAACAAUAUAGAGUGCAAAGGGGAAAAGGCUAACACUUUGUAAUUUAACAGUCCUGACAUCAUACAUUUGGAAAAUUACUGAUCAGUUAUCAAGUACCACAACAAAAAGUCAGCUACUGUAAGUGUUACACUACACAGCUCCAUGGUUGUAACUCUUCUAACAAUUUAUUGACAAAUAUACCGCCUGGUAGUCUCAAACAUAUAGUCUAGAAACAUUUCAGUUCCAAUUCUUGCACAAUGCUUUGUUAAUCAAUCAAAGGAAGGACAGCAUCUUGAGGUAAUGCAAUUGGAUCUAUGGAUUAGCAACAAACAAACCAACUGCAAUCCAGAAAUGUACAUGUGAUUUUUGGAUGAGCAAAAUCUGUGGCCCCUUUUAUUUGAAAAGCUCGCUAGCUCUGUCCAGGAUCAUAUCUUUAUGACUACUUGAAUUAGGUGCCAGAAAAUUGCACUCCAGCACAAAUUCCUGCCUUUAGCAGAGAAGGCGGAAAAUCAUAAGGAAAUUCAAGCGGAAACACACAGCUUGAAUAUUAAGAAUUCAGGACAAUAAUUAGAUGACCUGUUAAAUCCCACAACCACAAAAACAUACAUAUCAAACAAUGGCCAAGUUUUUUUUUAGGUGAAAUAUCUUGCAUUUUACCCAAGAAUUGUGAGUUUUAGAAAAUGGAUUAGACUAUGCCAGAAAUGCUAUAUGUUAAUGUAUUAAUGUCCAAAUCACCCAAUAAUUUAGCAGGUUACGCAAGUCUCCAGAACUUGCUGGUUGGUAUAGUUAGCACAGAUAGCAUCUCCCUAUUUGCUUCCCAUAAUUCCUAAGAAUUUACUGGAGUUGAAAUUAAUUGACCAUGGAAUACACCCAAGGAGUUAAGUUUUAUUACUAAUGGGUGAAAGUAUUUUUAACCAGUUAACUGUUGAUGACUGUCAAUCAAUCACUUCGGUCCAAAAUGGAAAAAGUGAAAUUAUGACUUUACAACCCAUGUUUUAUGGGUGCAGCAAAAUGUUCUACCUUACUACUCAAGCCUUGAGCUGCCCUAUUUCAGCAGGUUCAAGUCCUUUUAGUUCAUAAACUCAAGUAUUCUCUCCAAGGAAAUGGAACGUUUCCAAACUAGAUUAAUGAUGAGUGUUUCCAUUGAAAUACACAUACUAAUACCAUAUAUUCCUGAGAAAGAUGUGUGUGUGCAAUUAUAAAUGUAUAAUUUUUUAAGAACACAUAUGCUUUCCAGUAACUCAGAGGAUAAAUAUAUCUUUUAAUAUGAAAAUAAAGCAAGUAAGAAAGACUUGCAUCUAUUUAGUCAUAGAAAAUGCCAGAAAUGUUUAGCAGGUCAGGCAGCAUCAGUGGAGUGAGAAUCAGAAGUCAAUGUUUCAGGUCAAUAAUCAAUCAUCUGAAUGGGUGACUCUGUUUCUUUCUUCAUAGAUGCUGCUAGACCUUCUCAGUAAUUACAGUAUUUUCUCUCUCUGUUUCCAUUAUCGGCAGUAUUUUGUUGCAUUUAUGUAAUGUUUUUUAAAUGUCAGGGGAGGGCACCACAAAGCAUUUUUCAGACCAGACAAGCAAUUUUGAGGAUUGUCAUUUCGAUAAUGUAGGUGACCAAUUUGUGCAGGAUAUAGACUCACAGACACAAAUUUUAUAUUAAAAAAAAUUAAUCUAUUUCAGGAAAUGAAAAUCAAAACACUGCAGAUGCUGGAAAUAGAAUAGAAAAUGUUGGAAACAGUCAACUGUCAGAUAACAUUUGUGGAAAGAGAAACAGAAUUAACAUUUUGGGUUGAAGACCCUUUGUUAAACUUGCUGUUUCCUGCAUUAUCUGUUUUUAUUUAUAAUCUACUCCAGUGAUUUUGGUUGAAGAUGUAUAUUAGUAACAACACUUCUUAGGUGUCCAGUACUGUUCUUUGAAAUGAUGUCAUCAGAUUUUUUUAUGACCUCCUGAGAAGAUAGAUGGGACUUGCCCAUUAUAAUCCAUCUUUUGCAAGGCAAUGCUCCCCUCAGUCUUGGCUAAGAUUUUGUUCUCAUAUCUCUAGAAUGGAACUAGAAGCUACAAUCUUCUAACUCAGUGGCAAUCUUCUCAGCCACAGCUGGUUUGAUUCAUGUUCUCUGUUGGAGGUAAUUCCAGCUGAAGUAGUAUUUGGUCAUUACAGCUGACUUUAUGGAACAGCUAGACAGGGAGAAAAGAUGCCAAGUGAAACUCUCAAAAUUCGUGCUUCUAACUGAUGCUUUUCAACAUGGAAUGUUAAUGUGUUGAUGAUGAAUGAGGACAAUUCUGGUCUUACCAAAGGGGAUAUUUUGCCGACACCCACUGUAUCUGUCUCAACUAAUUGGCAAAGAAUAAUAGUCUGAAGGUCUGUCACUGUUGAGGGACUCAAGUCAAAGUCUGUUUUGCUUGUAGGCAAGUUUGAGUUGUUUGAUUUAUUAAAAUGUAACAAAAUCUAACUGAAAUUCUCCAACAAAGGGGGUUUUGGAAGCUCUGUCACUCAGUGCUUUCAGGACAAAAAUCAAUAUAUUUGUAAAUGUUAAGGGAAUUGGGGCAAUAUGGGGUUGGUGCAGGAAAGUGAUACUGAGGUAAAAGAUCAGCCAUGGUCUAUUUAAAUGGCAGAGUGAGCACAGGAGUCUGAAUGGCUUCCUUCUGCUCCUAUUUCUUAUAUGGUCUUUCCUGUAAGAUUAGAGCAGGAAUGGGUAAUGCUAGAAAAAAUAGGUUUGUGCUGAAUGAUGAACAUUUAAUGAACGUAGGCCAUUUACUAAAUAUCCUUUCUGAUAUACAGAUCAGUUAUUGUAUUCUCAUAGCAGAUAUUUGAAUCUUGUGUAAUCAUGAAUAUUUAUUUGAAAUUUGUUCAGACUAAUAUUUGCCCCAUUCCCUUCAAUAGCAAUAUUGAUAAAGGGCUAUCGCAGAAAUAAACAGUGUGCCAUUUAGAAACACGAGCAAGAAUAACAUUUAAAUGAUUACAUGUACAUUGAGAUAUAUAUUUGGGAACUAGUUACUUGCUGUCAUACACUUAUAUGAGCAAAUGCUGUAAUAAUAGAUAAAUGGUUGUUUCAUCCAGUAUUACUAUGAAAUAAAACAUGGGGUAGAAUUUAUUUUCAUGGAGGAAAACCUUUUUGAACUCACCCUAAGUAAUUUUAAUCUAAGACACAAAUGCAAAAUAUGAUCAGGUCUUUUGUGCCUAGUACGCAGAGUUUCUAGCCAGCUUCUUGCUCUGUAUGAUACUUAUACACACAGAGCUAUUGGGAUUGCACGUGAUGUCAAAUGGUUCACUGAGCAUGUUUUAUGUCACUUUUGCAAAAUUUGCAAAUCUGAGGAAAACAUGGCAGGAGUGGUUCAUUCACAAGGUGUUAAUUGAUAAGCAGAAGCCAGCUUCAAUUCAAGUUCCAAGCUUCAGCUAGUCUGACCAGGGAGUUUGAGGCAUUUAUCUUGUGCCCAGUAUGCUCUCAAAGAACAUUUUGUGUUUGCUCACAAACCAUCCCGCCAACCCCUCAUUGCUCUGUGAUCACAUGACCACCACACCCCAAAUCACCACUGCUUGGUUGUCCAAGCUCAGCCCCUGUUAUCCCACACCCCCAGAUUUGACCCUUCCCAACCAUGAUUCUCAGAUUACCUGAUUUGCUUCAUAGUAAAUAGCAGGUGAGAAAUGUGCCAGCAUGAGCCUUACGCACAAAGGAGCAUUGCUGCUAGUGAGGUGGGCUGUGCAGCACUGAUUUAACAUGACCAUUGGGCCAGUCUCUAUUAUUCUUUCUGUUAUGCUAUAUAAAUUAAAGUUAAAACUAGCUGUGAUGGCAAUUGAUAAAAACAUUUAAAGGUAAUCUGAACUUUCAAGACUCUUGCUAAUGAUGUGUAAACUUUUAUAAUUGGGAUUCUUGUCUAUUCUACAGUUGAAUAUAUGCUGUUUUAUUAAAAUAUCUAUACAGAUCAAUUAUAUGAAUAUAAACCAUCCAUAACUAAUAAGUUGAAUGAAUGUACUCUUAAGUGGAAUGUGAGCAUGAGAUCAGUAAUACUAUUUCAAAGCUAUUAAGGAAAUAAAGCUACAUCAAAUGUAUCAGGGACCUGUAAUCUGUUAAAUUUUUUAUAUUUAGCAAGCUGGUUCUUGCUUCCUUACAUGGUGAUAGCCUUUUUUUAAGCUCCCUUGUGCUCAUCUGAACAAGUUUGUGAACCUAAGAAAUCAGUUUUAAUAAAAAAAACAAAUUACUUCUGAUUUUCAUAAUGCAAAUUCUAUGAAUGUAUCUUGUUACUUGUCUUUGAAAUCUUCUAAUAAAUGCAUAAUAUAUACAUUCCA